AUGGCCGGCGUGACGGAAGACGAGGCCGCGCUGUACGACCGGCAGAUUCGGCUGUGGGGCCUCGAGGCACAGAACAGGAUGCGCUCGGCGCACGUCGUCUUGUACGGCUUCUCGGGCCUCGCGACCGAAGUCGCCAAAAAUAUCACCCUGAGCGGCGUCGGACAGUUGACGAUCGUGGACCAGGGCGCGGUGCGCGCCGAGGACCUCGGCGCGGGCUUCUUUUUUCGGGAGGAGGACAUCGGCAGCCCGCGCAUCGGCGAGGCGCCGCUGCAGCGCGUGCAGCUCCUCAACCCGCUGGUGACGGUCAAGGGAGCAACGGCGCUCGACGUCCCUGCGCUGCGCCCGGACGUCCUCGUCGCGUGCACGGGGACGCGCGCAGAGCUCGUCGCGCUCAACGACGCGUGCCGCACGGUCGGCGCCAUGUUUUACGCGGCAUCCACACAGGGAUGGGGGGGCUUUCUCUUCUCGGACCUCGGCGAGGCGUACGAGUACGUGGCCGAGCGCGCGGUCCCGGGGUCCAAGGAGCGCCGCAGCGUGCGGUACACCCAGGGCUUUGCCACGCUGCGCGACGUGCUGCGUGUGACGUGGAAGACGCCGGCGCACGGCGAGAUCGCGGGGCGGCCCGUGCGCCAGUUUAGCGCGCGCCUCUGGGCGACGUGGGCGCUCUGGGAGUGGGACGCGCGCCGCGCGCACGGCGCCGAGGCCGCCGACGGGCCGCCGGCACUCGCCGCCGCGCUCGAGCGCAUCGCGCGCGAGCUGCUCGCCGACAAAGGCGUCGCGUCCGAGCUGGUCUUUGAGCGCCAGCGCGUGGAUCCCGCGCGGUUCUUUGCCGAGUUUGCGCGCGUGACGUACGCGCACGUCGUCGAUCAUAGCCUCGCGGCGCUUGCGCCGACGAGUGCGGUGCUCGGCGGGCUCCUCGCGCAGGACCUGCUCAAUGCGCUGGGGCACCGCGAGGAGCCGAUGGUCAACUGGAUGCUGCUCGACACGGCGCUGGGCGUCGCGCCGAUCCACGCGAUUGGCACCGCGCCGGCGCAGGAGGACGCGGCGGGCGCGAGCCGCGCGGCAGCGUAA